AUGGCGAGUCUCACUCGUUCUACCUCACUCCGUCAGAGGGUUGAUGAAUCUCUCACUGCUCACAGGAACGAAAUUCUGGCUCUUCUCUCAAGAAUUGAAGCAAAGGGAAAGGGAAUUCUGCAACAUCAUCAGAUCAUUGCUGAGUUUGAAGAAAUUCCUGAGGAGAAUAGGCAGAAGCUUGUUAAUGGAGCCUUUGGAGAAGUUUUGAGAUCCAUUCAGGAAGCUAUUGUGUUGGUACCGUUUGUUGCUCUUGCUGUUCGUCCUAGGCCUGGAGUUUGGGAGUAUCUGAGAGUCGACGUGCAAGGACUUGUUGUCGAUGAACUGAGUGCGGCUGAGUAUCUCAAGUUCAAGGAGGAGCUUGUUGAAGGAAGUUCUAAUGAAAACUUUGUGCUUGAGUUGGACUUUGAACCUUUCAAUGCCUCAAUUCCGAAACCAACGCAGAACAAGUCGAUUGGAAAUGGUGUUGAGUUUCUCAAUCGCCAUCUUUCUGCUAAGCUUUUCCAUGGCAAAGAAAGUUUGCAGCCUCUUCUGGAGUUUCUUAGGCUUCACAACCAUAAUGGAAAGACUAUUAUGGUUAAUGACAGAAUUCAAAAUCUGAAUUCUCUUCAACAUGUUUUGAGAAAAGCAGAAGAUUAUCUGAUCAAGAUUGCUCCUGAAACACCGUACUCGGAUUUUGAACACAAAUUCCAGGAAAUUGGUUUGGAGAGAGGGUGGGGAGACACUGCCGAGCGUGUCGUUGAAACAAUCCAACUUCUGUUGGAUCUUCUUGAUGCACCUGAUCCUUGCACCCUCGAGACAUUCCUUGGAAGAAUCCCUAUGGUCUUCAAUGUUGUCAUCCUUUCUCCACAUGGUUAUUUCGCCCAAGAUAACGUCUUAGGAUACCCCGAUACCGGUGGCCAGAUUGUGUACAUCUUGGAUCAAGUUCGUGCUUUGGAGGAAGAGAUGCUCAAACGUAUCAAGCAACAAGGCUUGGAUAUCACACCUCGCAUUCUCAUUAUCACCCGUCUUCUCCCCGAUGCAGUGGGAACUACUUGUGGUCAACGUCUUGAGAAGGUAUACAACACCGAAUAUUGCCACAUUCUUCGAGUUCCCUUUAGAACAGAAAAGGGAAUUGUUCGCAAAUGGAUCUCAAGAUUUGAAGUCUGGCCUUACCUAGAGACUUUCAGCGAGGAUGUCGCCACUGAACUUGCCAAAGAGUUGCAAGGCAAGCCUGAUCUGAUUGUUGGAAACUACAGCGAUGGAAACAUCGUUGCCUCUUUGUUAGCACAUAAAUUAGGCGUAACACAGUGUACUAUUGCUCAUGCACUCGAGAAGACCAAGUAUCCCGACUCUGACAUUUAUUGGAAAAAAUUCGAUGACAAAUAUCACUUCUCGUCCCAAUUUACUGCUGAUCUUUUUGCAAUGAACCACACUGACUUUAUCAUCACAAGUACCUUCCAAGAGAUUGCUGGAAGCAAAAAUACUGUUGGGCAGUAUGAGAGUCACACAGCCUUCACCCUUCCUGGGCUUUACCGUGUUGUUCACGGUAUUGAUGUCUUUGAUCCAAAGUUCAACAUUGUCUCUCCCGGAGCUGAUUUGAGCAUUUACUUCCCAUAUACCGAAACUGAGCGUAGAUUGACAUCAUUCCACCCUGAUAUUGAAGAACUUCUCUACAGCUCAGUGGAAAAUGAGGAGCACAUAUGUGUACUGAAGGAUCGCAGCAAGCCAAUUAUCUUCACGAUGGCAAGGUUGGACCGAGUAAAAAACAUUACAGGGCUUGUUGAGUGGUAUGGCAAGAAUGCUCGUCUAAGGGAACUGGUAAACCUUGUCGUUGUUGCUGGAGACCGAAGGAAGGAGUCCAAGGAUUUAGAAGAGAUUGCUGAGAUGAAGAAAAUGUACGGCCUGAUCGAGACCUACAAAUUGAACGGCCAAUUCAGAUGGAUUUCCGCACAAAUGGACCGAAUUAGAAACGGAGAGCUUUACCGUGUCAUCUGUGACACAAAGGGUGCUUUUGUGCAGCCAGCUAUUUAUGAAGCUUUUGGUUUGACUGUCAUUGAAGCCAUGACUUGUGGAUUGCCAACAUUUGCCACAUGUAAUGGUGGUCCUGCUGAGAUCAUUGUUCAUGGAACAUCUGGUUACCAUAUUGAUCCUUAUCACGGUGACCGUGCUGCCGAGACUCUUGUUGAAUUCUUUGAGAAGACUAAGGCUGAUCCUACUUACUGGGACAAAAUCUCCCAUGGAGGUCUCAAACGUAUUCACGAGAAGUACACAUGGCAGAUUUAUUCUGACAGGCUUCUGACUCUUACUGGCGUGUAUGGCUUCUGGAAGCAUGUGACAAACCUCGAUCGCCGUGAGAGCAAACGCUACCUUGAGAUGUUUUAUGCACUCAAAUACAGCAAAUUGGCUCAAUCUGUGCCUCUUGCUGUCGAAGAGUAA